ACUGGAAAGUCGUCUGAAAUCUGAAUUCCUUUGUCGGUCGAUGCAGCGUUCUGUUGGUGGGUUCGGAACGUCAAACCCGUUUGGCAUAUCCGAUCGGUAACGUAAUCAAUUACCCCAUCGGCUUGGAGCUGUGCCACUACCUUGCAAGUUUCUCGUUGUGUUUUCCCGACCGUUGCGGUCGUCUCCCUGGAUGAAGCCAAGCGUUCAUGCAUCGACAGCCGCGGGGGGGACAGUCCCACGGUGAUGCUCAGAGCAGUGGGAGGGGUCGGCGGUAUCAGGGCGGUAAUAGUGACUCAUUAGAUAGAGGAGGACCCGCGAGAAGAAAGCCGAGCUGGGGUGGUCACUCACGAACGCACCAACGUCAGUCAAGAAAACGGCCCCGUCACGGCUGGAAGGAAGGGCCCCAAGGCCUCGCCGACGCGGUGACGUCUGCCGACGUGGCUUCCUCCUCUGCUGACGAUUCCAAUACCGCUGUUCCUAUGGAGAUCCCUGGAUAUUAUUUCGACCCAGAAAAAAACCGCUACUUUAAAAUUGUUCCAAGUAAACAUGCGUCUUCAUCUUCACGAUAUACUGUCGACGCGCUCCGUGAGCAAGAGGCAACAAAAGAACGAAACCGCGUAGCUGAGAAUAUUCAGAGGAAGCAUCGUGAAGAGAUUUUACCUUCCCGCCGGCAUGGGGCCGGUUUCGUUUAUCCAACUUUGCCGUUGUUUAUAAGUGAUCGGGAAAUCAAUGCCAGUCUGCAUCGUCCAGGCGUCAAUGUGCAAAGCCGCGCGUGGGAAACUAUGAUAAAGUAUCUUCGUCACCGGUCAACCAUCCGAAAUGCGGGUGGGGAAGUUGAUGGAAUCGGCUUUGUAAUGCAGCCAGCAGACAUCACCGAUUUUCAGAUGCAUCCUUUUCGAAAUCAUGUCUGUGUAGGCCAAACUGAUGGCUCUGUAAGACUCUUCGCGUUUGACGUUGAGCAGAAGGAAAGUGGCCCACCCCAGUACGAACAGAAAAGCCCGUACCUUCUGAGACAUGAGGAUUCGGAGAUCACCUCACUACAUUAUGGGCAUGUCUCAGAAAAUACUAGUACGAUCAUAACAACGUGCUUGGGGCUUGGUGGUCGACCCGGAUCAGUCCAGGCGUACCAGUACCGACACCAGUCUCCAUCGAUUGGGCAUAAUCUAUUUGCGGCAGAGGUUGGUACCUAUCGGCUCAUGAUGAGCAAGAUGAGUGUUUUCACCAGCGCAGUCGCAACGCUACCUCAUGAAGCGGGCGGGUCUAUAAUUGCGGCAGGUGCCAAGGGGAAAGCAAUUGUCAUAAAAUCAUGGGAGGGAGGAAAUGGAAAUGCACAAGUCAGGCAUUUGCUGAUGCCUGGAAAAACAGACGUUCUUGCCCAAGCGUUUGACAAAAUGGGUACCGUUCUAUAUAGCGGGUGUCGGGACGGGUCGAUACAUCUUUUUGAUGUGCGCACAUCAGGAACGAUUGCAAAUGAAAUGACGCUAGGUCAAUCCGGCAGAGGCGGAACUGUCCAGACUCAUGAAGGUGGAUCCAUACGAAGGCUGGCUCAUCCUUCUGCAAUCUGUUGCAUACAAGAUCUAGGUGCGAAUCAAGUUUUAUCAGCUGCUAUGGAUGGCUCGAUGUAUAUGUGGGACACGCGAUUUCCGACUUCCCCUAUUGUGGAGUUCCACGGCCAUGUUAAUACGCAUGCAAGAAUCAACUUUUGUGUGAACGAAGACAAGAAUGUACUUAUUGCAGCUGGCCUAGACCGCCAUCUGCGAGCAUGGAGCAUGCGUACAGGCGCGCUCCUUUCUCAGCAGCCACCCACACAAACGAAUGCAAUCGGGCCGAGAAUCAUUAGAUUCAUGACAGAUGGAAAGGAUAAUAGUAGCGGGUAUUCUGAGCAGAAUUCAUGGGCACGUAUGGCUGGUGGUCUGGUCUGGGGGGCGUGCGGCAAGGACAUAGAGAUAUGGGGUUUGGAAUGAGUACACCUAUUCACCACUUCAAAUCGCAAGCGAAUCAUUUCUAUUGGAUACUAUCAUUAUUGAGACUACAUUAUGAUACAGUUAGUUGCUAUAGAAAAAUAUGAUGGAAAGCACACUUAUGG